AUGGCGAUGCACAACAAGGCGGCGACGCCGCAGAUCCCAGACACCCGGCGGGAACUGGCAGAGCUUGUGAAGCGGAAGCAGGAGUUGGCGGAAACACUGGCAAACUUGGAAAGGCAGAUCUAUGCUUUUGAAGGAAGCUAUCUGGAGGACACUCAGAUGUAUGGCAAUAUCAUUCGGGGCUGGGAUAGAUAUCUGACUAACCAGAAAAACUCCAAUAGCAAAAACGAUCGAAGGAACCGGAAGUUUAAGGAAGCUGAGCGGCUCUUCAGUAAAUCCUCAGUUACCUCGGCAGCUGCAGUAAGUGCAUUGGCAGGAGUUCAGGACCAGCUCAUUGAAAAGAGGGAACCAGGAAGUGGGACAGAGAGUGAUACAUCUCCGGACUUCCACAAUCAGGAAAAUGAACCCAGCCAGGAAGACCCCGAGGAUCUAGAUGGAUCUGUGCAGGGAGUGAAACCUCAGAAGGCUGCAUCUGCUACUUCCUCAGGGAGUCAUCACAGCAGCCAUAAAAAACGAAAGAAUAAAAACCGGCACAGGAUUGAUCUGAAGUUAAACAAAAAACCACGAGCUGACUAUUAGAAGACUCAUUAGUACAGAAGCUUCCAGGUUCUAGAGCCCUGCUUCCCUUAUCUGACCUCAAAAGAUAAACAUCUCACCCGAGUGCGUGGCCAUCUGCAUCUGCUUUCCUGGACCCAGUGCCUGCGACGCAGUUUGUUCUGAAAUGUGGUGACAAAAAGUCAUUUCUGUAAAACCACAUCAGAUCAUUUACUUUGUGUCAUUUUUAGUAACAGCGUUGCAGGAACAACUGUGAAUUGGUUCUAAUCUCAGCAAGCUGCAAACUGUGCAUUUCUUCCUUCUUGGA